CAUUUUCCCGCGGAGAAAUCCCCUCUUCCCCUUUCCUUAUCUGGACCUAAUUUUCCCCUAAUGCUCAGCUUCAAAUCAGUCCCUCUCAAUUGGAGUAAACAAUUAUCCUUUCAACCGCCGAUUUUGAAUCAGUCGGAACAAUCUUCAAUCGGCAAAGAAAACAACAAUGCCUUCUCUCGCCGUUUCCCGAUCCGCAGAAGAACCGCUGACGCCUCAGAAGCGGAGACUGAGAUCCAACUCCACGGCGGCGCCGGAAACCCCGUUCUCUUCUCCGACGAAGCGGAAGUCUCCCCGCCGAUGUCUCGACUCCACUCCCUCUUCUCAUCCGAACUUCUCAACAAGGAACGAUUCGAUUGAACCGAUUUCGAACUCAUCGAAAUCUCCUGCCGAGGAAUUGAGUGAAGAUUUCUCUGAGAUAUUGAACUGGAAUCCUAGAGAUGCAUCGCAAGUGAGCGCAGUGAAGGAGGCGUUGCACGUAUCGACAGCUCCUCCUACGAUAGUUUGCCGGGAAGAGGAGCAGAGAAGAGUGUUUGAUUUCUGCAGGGCUUGUGUCGAGAAGGAACAAUCUGGGAGCUUGUAUGUGUGCGGAUGCCCUGGGACGGGGAAGAGUUUGUCAAUGGAGAAAGUUUCGAAUAAGCUGAUCGAAUGGGCAAGAGAUGGUGGAUUUGACCCUCCAGAAGUACUGUCGAUUAAUUGUACCGCGCUUACGAGCUCUUCUCAGAUUUUCGGCAAGAUAGUUGAAAAUGGCUAUGUGAAAGUGAAGGGAACCGCUGCCCCUUUGCAACAUCUCCAAAACUUGUAUUCUCAAAAGCAGCAGUCUUCAAGUUCAAAGAUGCUCCUCAUAAUUGCUGAUGAGUUGGAUUAUCUAAUUACAAAAGACCGAGCUGUGCUUCAUGAUCUCUUCAUGCUGACAACUCUACCUUUCUCUAGAUGUAUACUGAUAGGAAUAGCAAAUGCCAUAGAUCUAGCAGAUCGUUUUCUUCCGAAACUGCAGUCAUUGAAUUGUAAACCCUUGGUGGUAACUUAUCGAGCCUAUUCGAAAGAUCAAAUAAUCCGAAUCCUUCAGGAGAGGCUCAUGAUGUGUUGUUGCUGUGUCCCAGGUACUACCCCAUGUAGUUUUCCACCCACAAGCUUUGGAGCUGUGUGCCAGAAAAGUUGCAGCUGCAUCUGGUGACAUGCGCAAAGCACUUUCUGUUUGCAGAUCUGCAGUUGAGGUUCUGGAAGCAGAAGUAAGAGAAUCUACAAAUAACAUGGACUCAGAUACUCGAGAAAAUUCAGUUGUGAAAAUUGAUCACAUGGCAGCUGCUCUGUCAAAGGCAUUCAGGACACCUGUAAUCGACACCAUUCAAUCCCUUCCUCAGCAUCAACAAAUAAUCCUAUGCUCAGCAGUUAAAUUCUUCCGCGGAGGAAAGAAGGAUACCAUAGUAGGAGAGCUGAACAAAUCUUAUGUCGAGACUUGCAAAUCAAGAAUGAUCCCACCGGUUGGAAUUUCCGAGUUUCUGAGUAUGUGCAGAGUGCUGAAUGACCAGGCAAGUGACAUAUUAACAUUAACACAUCCAUCAUACAACACAACUUUCAUUGCUAGCCUUCUCAUCGAAACCAGUGACUAAAGGGACUAGUGAAACUAGGACAGUCUCGAGGUGACGAUAAACUGAAGAGGGUGACCUUAACAGUAGACGAAGCUGACAUCAACUUCGCAUUGCAGGUAAUAUACGGUCUUAACCAUAACCAAAACCAAAGUAUCGCCUCUGUUUCUGCCAGUGAAUUAUUUGCUAAUUUGAUGAAUGCAAAUCGCAAUGCUGGUUUGGGUGUUGGCAGGGAGUUCGUUUCUUUAGGACCUGUCUGCAAUAGAAGAGUGCCAAUUCUACUUCACAAGUUGGGGAGAAGAGAACCAAAAAAAGCGGAAAAGCGGAAGAAAAUGGAGGAAACCAACCACUAGCUACGAGCUCAAUGGUUACCUUGCGCGUGCAGCUCAAUCAAAAAGGCCACCCAUGCCGACAUCGUCAUCCUCCGAUUCAUCUUCUGGUUCCGGCUUCUUCUCCUCCUUAGCUCCACCGGCGGCAACUCCUCCGCCGCUUGGUGCUGCCGGGGCCGCCAUCGCAGCUGCAAACUUGCUUGGGUCCUGAAAUCCAUCACAAGAUUCCAACAUCAUCCCCAUUUGUUCAAUAAUUGGGGGGGAUUCAGUUAAUUAAAACUUGUUUAUGAAUGAAAAUUCAUUCUGCCAAAUGAAUAGAAGCAAAAAUUGAUGCGAAUUAGCAAAUGAAUUCAUUUACCUUCAAGUACUCCUUGACGUCCUCGGCCUGGGGGAAGCUGUACUGGGUGGCGACGGCGACGGAGAGCACGUUCCUGUAGGAAGCGGCGAACAUGGCCGGCGCGGCGGCGAGGCUCGGGUACGAGACGGCCAGCGAGAGGGAAGUGAGGUUGGUGACGCCGGAAGCGAACUUGAGAGCGACGUCGUCUUCGGUGAGGUCGAGGACUUCGGGGCUGAAAACGGAGCCGUCAUCGUAGACGGAGGUGACGAUGAGGCCGUAGGAAAAAGGUCGGAUGCCGAGCUUGGAGAGGAGCGCGGCUUCCGACGAUCCCACCUUCUCGCCCUUCUUGAUUAGCUCAACUGAGGUCGUUAUCUCCACCGUGCCUUUGUUGAUCUUGGUCGGGAUGUUCAGCACCUGAAAGAAGGAAGUCUGAGAGGGGUCUAGUCCAGUGUUGCCUGGAGGGACAGUGACGUCAAUUGGAGCAAUCAGACCCACGCGAGCAGGAGCUCCCACCUUGUAUUUGGCGAUCUCCUCUUUAACCUCUUUGAGGUCACCCUUGGUGAAAAUCAAUCCCACGUUCCCCACGAGGAGAGGGACGAGCUUGGAGAAGCUGUCGUUUCCCGUGGCCUCGGCGUGGAGGCGGAUGGAUCGCUUCAUCAUGGUGUUCUUCCCCAUCAGCACCACCGAGUCGCCGCGCAGCCCCUUUCGGAUGUCCUGGAGCUGCUUCGACCCGACAUUGUCGGCCUCCACGAUCAGGAUCUGCGAGUACUCGUCCAGCAGCCUGCACAGCUUCUUGUCGUACUGCACCUUCUUCUCCGUCUUCGUCACCUUGAUCGCCAUCCUUUCGUACGUGGUCUCUCUUCUCCUU